AUGAGCGGGGUGCUGUCAGGGGUAACCACAUCUGUCAACCGUUCUUGGCCAAUAAAGAGCGGAGCGAGGCGGACCACAGGUGCGCGCCUCUGCGUCCCCUUGGCACAGCGCCCGGGAGAUGCUGGAGAGAGACGCCUAGCUGCCCCGUGGCGCAAAAGAGUUACUGUCAAAGGCUGCCUCCUUUUAACUCCAGCUAUCACUCUGGCUCCGAUAGUUAUGGCGACCGCAACGUCCAACCACUACAGCGUCCUCACCACCCCCAGCAGCGCGCCACCGCCGCACUCGGAGUCCGGGAGCAUGCAGCAGGCGGCAGCGUACAGGGACGCGCACACCCUGCUCCAGAACGAUUAUAGCACGUUACCGGGCGGUGGACAUCCGCUCAGCCACGCGCACCAGUGGAUAACGGCGCUGUCUCACGGUGACGGCGGGACGCCCUGGCCACCGAGUCCCCUCGGAGAACAGGACGUGAAGCCCGUGCUGCACGACAGUGACCGAGAGGAGCUGCAGAACUCCAGCAGUCUGCAGCAACAGCAGCAACAGCGACACCCUCACCUCGCACACCAGCAGGUGCAUCACGACGCCAGAGCAUGGCGAACCAGCACAGCCACCACGCACAUCCCCGGUAUGGCGACAUCUGAGGGCCAGAGCCUAGUGUAUUCCCAGUCCGGCUUCGGUCUGAUGCCGGGGGGAGAGCAAGGGGGGAUGCACCACCACCCCCUGCGGGAUGAGGACCACCACAGCCACAGCCCGCAUCUCAGUGAUCACGGAGGCGGCCCUGGGGCCCACCAGCAGUCUCUGUCACACCAUCACCAGCACGGGGGCCAUCAGGACCAGUCAGACGAGGACACACCGACCUCCGACGAGUUGGAGCAGUUUGCCAAGCAGUUCAAACAGCGACGUAUCAAGCUGGGCUUCACCCAGGCGGAUGUGGGACUGGCUCUUGGGACGCUGUAUGGAAACGUCUUUUCUCAGACCACCAUUUGCAGGUUCGAGGCGCUCCAACUCAGCUUCAAAAACAUGUGUAAACUCAAGCCCUUGUUGAACAAGUGGCUGGAGGAGGCGGACUCCACCUCGGGGAGUCCCACUAGCCUGGAUAAAAUCGCGGCACAGGGACGGAAAAGGAAAAAGAGGACCUCCAUCGAGGUGGGCGUCAAAGGGGCUCUGGAGAGCCAUUUUCUCAAAUGUCCAAAACCAGGAGCAGCGGAGAUCAACUCCCUAGCGGACAGCCUGCAGCUGGAGAAGGAGGUGGUGAGGGUUUGGUUUUGUAACAGGCGGCAGAAGGAGAAGAGGAUGACACCCGUUGGGGGACAGAUACCUGGAGGUGAGGACAUGUACGGGGACACCCCUCCUCAUCACGGAGGACAGACUCCUGUGCAGUGACCCCAGUCAGUUAUUCUGAGCAAAACACGGACCCCUUCAGGAGAUGUAAUACCUCCUUAU